UUAAUUAGCUCACGAGGGGGCUAACUGCUGAGGGAUCAUCGAUUUUGUCGAAACCCUAAUUCUCUGUUUACAAUGUAUACAACUUCUGUGUAGUUGAGCGAACCUUCUAGAACGUGGUGGAAGUAUUUGGAGUUUGGAGUUAUGGAGAUUGAAGUUUCCGAUUAUACCCUCGAUUCGAUGCCGGUUCCCCUUUGUGCGUCUGGUCAAGGACUCCCUUAUGCCCCUGUUGACUGGCCGAAUCGAGGCGAUGUUUGGACGUGGAAAGUGGGAAAUAAAGUCAACCCUUUCGGAUAUUAUAGACAUAGAUACUUGCUUCUUCCACCGAGGCUUCAGAAAAGUCCGACUCGAAAAGAAUGGCUUGGCAGCAAACUGGCAAUAACUCGUUAUCUUCAAUCGGAGUUUCCUGAAGCAGAUGUUGAUGCGUUUUUCGCAAUGUUUACUUGGAAUAUUCCAGCUGAGAAGAUGUCCGUGGAGAAAGGUAAAAAGAUUGAAGCUAAAAAAAUUGCAGAGAAAAAGCGAAAGCGACCUUCUUCCUCGAGAGCUAUAACAAUAACAAAGAAGCAACCGAAAUCGGAAAGUCAAAUUUCGACGAGAACAAGAAGCUCCGCUAGAAAAUUCAUCUCUCUCUCAGCUCACAACACAACAACCUCAGCCGAUGUGAAUUCGCCACCGGCGGCCGAACCACUACAAAAUGACCAAUCUGCCCUCGCUUGUAGGCCCCACGACUCCAAAUCCCUAGCGGACCACCUGGCGGAAAUGUCCUCGGAGGAAUUCGAAAUCUACCUCAACUCACUCGACGGCACUUUGACGAACUCGGCUCCCGAAGCAAUAAACUCGCAUGUCCAGAUAGACGAAUUCAAGAAAGUUCGAGACGAACUAACCUCACUUCUAUCGAUCGGAAUCCCGAGUUUAAUCGCCUCGAACAAGCUUCUAGAAGUUCAAAACUUGUCGUAUAAGCUUCAAUCCGAUCCACAUCUAACCAAAGAAGAACAUUCCAUGCUGAAUCUCAUUCAAGAGAUUCCACCAGCAAGCAAAGACUUACCAGAAAACGAGGGCGGCAGUUCGGACAAUAUCAUUUCCAUGAAAAUUCAGUACAUGUUGUGUAAGGACAAAAUCGCCCUUCUGCAGGCCGAAGACGCGUCAGCCUCGUCAGCAAUUCAAGAAAUCGAUCAAGAAAUCUCCAAACUGCAAUCCCGUAGAGCCAAACUUGCUAAAGCUGUUGCGAAGAACCAGAAAAGGAUAACCGAACUUGCAUCGACUCAAAACCAGGUGUUCGAUUCUGUUGCCAAGAUUGCUGACGUGGCAGCACCCACAGCUAGCAACAGAGUGUCGCAAAGGCAGAUGAAGCAGAAGGGAAUAUCCAAACGGGGUUCGGAUAAUCUUGCCAAAUUUGCCCCGCUUAACGGGUUCUCCUUCAGGCGUCGAUCUGAAUAAGAUUUACGUUUCUGAAAUAACAUUAUCUAUUUACAUAGUAUUAUAUCGAUAACACCCUAUCCGAAUUGUAGUAUAAUUUUGGUUAUUUGUCGGAAGUAACGUUUUUUGUCUGAACCGAAAGGGUGUCUGUAGUGUUUAUUAUUCCUUUUUUACGUGUUUAAAUCAUCGAUUUUAUUGCAUU